AUGUUAGGCGAUGCUGUUGAUGGGUUUGAAUCUUUAGGAACUGAUCCGAAGCGUAUUAAAUUAACUGACUACGAUCAACAACAGCGUGGAUCACUUGACCUGUCGAAUAUCUCUCACCAAGUUAGCCCUCUUGGAUUGAGACUGAGUAAGACUGCAUCAUUAUUAGACCUUGUAACAAUGGCAGUUAAUCAGAAAAAAGAACCUCUACGGAGUAAGACUGUAUCAGCAAAGUGCGAUUCUGCUCUAUCCACUACCACUUUGAAUAUAACCAUAUGCUCUAAGGAUACAAGGACGAUUACAGAUCAACUUGUUACCCAACUAGUUGCAGAAAAAAUGAAGGCUUCAAAUUUCCCAGCAUCCUUUAUCAGAAUUGGCAAUUGGGAGAGAAAGUCGAAAUACAAAGGUGACUUGGUAGCAAAAUGUUACUAUGGAAAACGAAAACUGGUGUGGGAAGUGUUGGAAAAUGGGCUAAAGAGCAAGAUUGAGAUCCAAUGGGCGGAGAUUUCUGUGAUCAGAGCAGUCUUUCGCGAGAAACAGCCCGAGGUUCUAGAAAUUGAGUUGACUCGUCCCCCACUCUUCUUCAAGGAAACAAAUCCUCAGCCUCGAAAGCAUACUCUCUGGCAGCUUGCUUCGGAUUUUACCGGAGGCCAAGCACCAAUAUUCAGGAGGCACUUUCUCCAAUUCCCUGAAGGAACUCUUGAGAAGCACUAUGAGAAGAUUCUACAAUGCGAUAAUCGUUUGCUCAUGUUGAGCCAGAGACCAUUCCCUGAUUUAACGAGGCCCGAUUCAGCCCCUCUUCAAUCUGUUGAGAAUAUCCAGACAAUAAACAGACUGCCCGUCGGUGCCUCUGAUUCAACUUCACCAUUGUCGGUUAUGGAAUUCCCACCCAUGGAAGACAAAGGAUAUAACCAUAGCCGGAGUUCUGAUUGGGGAUAA